AAAUUACAGACAUUGUCACAUGAAUAACUUUUAUAUAAAUAAAAUAUACGUAUUUGAUAAGACGUUAAAAAAUGUUACUUGGCAAGCGAAUGCCUAACUAUGGAUACGUUACAAGAAACCGACUAUUUUAGUUGCCAUUAUAAAAUUGCCACCUAUUUCCUGUUAAUACCUCCAGAAAACAAAAUGCUUAGGAUAAUAUACUGGAUAAUAGCUAUACCACACUUGGUUCUAAUAUGCCUAGUGGGAUUUUUGGAGGCAGCAAAACUGUUGUUAGGCGGAAGUGGGGAUUUUAGCGUUGACAUUUUGACUUUGGGCGUAGUUUUUCUACAUUGGACUGGAGUAAAUAGAGUUGCCAAAUGGCCAUUUCAUAAAAAAGAUUUUGAUGCAGUUUUAGAACAAGUGAAAAAGCUAAACUCGGAUUUUUCUGCAUUUAAAAUAUCCAACGUUUACACUCCUUUGGAUCAUAAAACUGUAUUGCAAGAAGGUGUGAGUAAACCGCACCCUUUGGAUAUAUACCGAUCAUCCAAACUAAAAGAAACAAAAAAGUUUUGCUUAAGAAUUUACGUGGGAGCCCUCGUAUACCUUGGAUUAAAUCUCACUAUUACUUACACUCUAAAUCUUCUUGAACCUGUUUAUGAAAUCUGGAGUCCACAACUUAAUAGAACACAAAUUUUCAGAGACUACCCUUAUCCUCUAUGGUAUCCUUUUGACAUUUCGAUAUCUGACGGAAACUAUUGGAUUGGAUUUUUCUACCAACCUUAUGCUUACUUUUUUCUGUUAGGAGGGUUCUUUUGUGUGGAUACACUUUGCCUAAAUAUAAUAUUGCACUUAACCCGCCAUGUAAAUAUCUUAGAAUACAGCUUUAAGUUUGUUGACAAGAAUGUUGAUUUCCAUUUUGGGUUUGCUAAAGUGAUGAAAUUGAAAGAAAUACGAAUUAUAAAGUGUAUAAAAGAGUUACAAGCAAUAUACAAGUGUGCCACCGAUUUAAACAACAUUAUAACUAUGCAAAUGCUGUUUCAACAAUUAUGUAUGGUUGUUAUAAUUUGUUGUACUGUGUAUCGAGUAACAUCAGUAUCUGUAGGGAACGAGCUUGGAUACCUACUAUCUGUUACAGUUGCAGUUGUUACCGAAACUUUUAUCAUUAGCUGGUUCUACCAAAAUUUUACUUUAGAGUUGUUGCAGUUGAUUGGAUCGAUUAAUGAUUUGAACUGGAUAGACUAUCCAGUAAAUAUACAAAAAAUGUUGUUAUUUACGAUUAGAAGAUUACAAAAACCUUUUUACUUUACAAUGGGAAAUUGGCAUCCUUUGAAUAAUGAUGUUUGCAUUACGACCAUCAAAACUUCCUAUUCAUUUUAUACGCUACUCACUCAGCUCAAAUAAUCGACUUUCUAAAAAAGGUAAUUUGACAAUGGGGAUAUCUUGGUAACUGCGUUAACUUCCUG